AUGGCGGGAAAUCCUUUGGAGAGUCUAAUGUCAGUCGCCAUAAGCCACCGACCUGCAGAACCUGAGAGCCAUGGAGCUUCCACGAGCAGAAGCCCCGCAUGCCUGCAAAGGCGUAAGCACGGAAUUCGAAGCAACAGGGAGUUGUGUUAUCUGGUCCCAUCAGCUUGCGGGUCCGGAUCGAACACGAGCAAUCAAACACUCCCAAAAAGCACUUCAGGCAGUCAUCACUCCCCGGUAAAUGCGGCACGUGAGAGAAGCCGCGUACGUAACCUGCGUCAGGCCUUCCACAGCUUGCAGGCUGCUCUGCCGUCAGUCCCUCGAGACACAAAGUUGUCCAAGCUGGAUGUUCUGAUUCUAGCGACCAACUACAUAGCCUACCUGACACAGACCCUGGACCAGGGAAGAACUCUGGCCGAGCACACCUUGCCACCAAGGCCUGGAGGAUACCUGCACCCAGUUAAGAAAUGGCCGAUGCGUUCCUUGCUCUACUGUGGCAGCGUGGGAGAAGUGCUAUCUGGAGUCCAAGCCAAUCAAGACACAGUUCACCUAAUUGAUCAAGGAGACAAGGAAUGUUAG